AACCAUUCGCUAUCUAAUCGCUCUCAUUCCGUUUCGUCCACCGUCACUCUGUUAAUAGAAAAGAACCUAACAAACUCACCUCCACUCCCACAAUAUUAUAUAAACACAACUUGUGUUAUCUCAAUCCUCCUCUUCCUCCCCAAAACAAACAAAGUGAGCAAAGCAGGAACAAAAGCGCGUAGUGAUAGGGCGUGGAGGGACCUAUACGAUAAAAAGUUGAUCGGCAUCUUCAAUCGGGACGAAACAACCUUAAUUACACUGCCCAUCAUCAUAUUGUACUGCCUCGCCAGACUAUACUUCUACAAGUUUGUACUUUGAGUUUCUCAUUGGGAUUGCCGCUCUUCAUUAUUCUCACUCACUCCUCUCAUUUCUGCAGUCUUCUCUUCACUUUUACUCGCAGUACGAUUUGGCGGAAUUCGAGUUGUCUGAACCAUCAGUUUUGUCGGAAUGGGGAAGCCAAGCAGAGACUGGACUCAGAUCUAUUCAAUCUACGGCAUAGAAGAUUGUCAAACACUAAUUUUCCUGUUACUUCACGCUGUUCUGUUCUCUACACUCUCUGUUCUGUUCUUAAUCUACUUCAAUCCGAUCUGCUCUAGUUUCGAAUCUCUCGCCAUCCCCAGCGGCGCGGCGCGUUUCUUAGCCGGCUUCACCGGCUCCUUCACCGCGCUCUCGGCCGUCUGCUUGUUCUUCUCGGCGGGGAAUAUUUUCUACUCCUCCGUGGCGCUGCAGUCCGAAAUGGCGCACCGCAUGAUCUCCGUGGUCAACGACUGGUCAACCGUCAAGCUCGCCCUUGACGUCGGCUGUGGCCGCGGCAUUCUUCUCAAUGCCGUGGCCAAGCAGCUGAAAAAAGAAGGCAGCUCCGGCCGGGUCGUCGGACUCGACCGCCGAAAAACCACCGUCUCCACGCUCCGCACGGCGAAGCUGGAAGGCGUGCAGGAGUACGUGACGUGCCGCGAAGGCGACGCGAGAACGAUGCCGUUUGGAGACAACAGCUUCGAUGUGGUGGUGUCGAGCGUGUUUUUGCAUACGGCGGGGAAGGAGUUCGGGCAGAAGACGGCGGCGGCGGCGGCGGAGAGGAUGAAAGUGGUGGGGGAAGUGGUGAGAGUGUUGAAGGGAGGUGGGGUAGGUGUGGUGUGGGACCUAGUCCAUGUGCCGGAGUAUGUUCAGAGGUUGCAAGAAUUAAACAUGGAAGAUAUUAGAGUGUCCGAACGUGUAACGGCGUUCAUGGUGAGUAGCCACAUCGUUUCGUUUCGCAAGCCAUGUCAACACAUGGUAGGUCCCAAUGAAGUCAGAUUGGAUUGGAGAUUCAAUAAUAUUUGUUGAAUUUCUAUUUUCUAAUCACCAGCCCAGGCCCCUUAUAUAUUAUACUUAUAUCAAACACAAAACUAAAAUACAUAUAUAAUCUUUUUUUUUUAUUUAGAGAGAUCUGGGGAGACGAAGUUGAACCAGUUACGAAUUUGCUGUAUGAAUAUUUGAUGUUGUUCUAGUUACAGUUGUGUUAGAAAUGUAUAUUAUGGUAUUGGUUUAUGAUGUGAUAUUGGCUUUAAA